UGAUGGGGAUGUGUGUCGUCGUCUUCCAGCUCAUCAAAGGGUCGACUGGGUUAGUCUGUCACACUGCUGUGGAAUCACUGGACUUAGGUUGCCUCCUGCGGUGGGAUUGUCCCCAUGCCAGUCCUAAUACCACCUACACCGUGCAGACAAAGACACAGGGGGACCCCUGGCAGGAUGUGCCGUGGUGCGUUUGGAUCUCAUCUCGUAGCUGCGACGCCUCUCAGGUCUUUUCAAACUUUGAGUUGUACAACAUGAUCCGCCUCGGCGUCCACGCCAACCCCAGCUCCACCCUCUGGAUGAAGCCACACAAGUUUGACUACAGUGACUUCACCUUCAGCCCUCCAUCUAUUUCAGCAUUGUGGAGAGAUGAGCGUCUGUCAGUGAAGGUGCACUUCCCAUGUGUUGCCAACAGAAGGUGCUCUCAUGAUGGUUGCUGUCCCAUCUCUAAGCUGAUCGACCCCUGGACCACUGUGACCGUGUACAACCAACUCAAUCGCUCUGAAAACCAGAGCCGCGUGGUUUGGACCCAGGAUGUGGUGUCCAUGGUGGAAUUCUCCGCUUUGUCUCCGGGUCAGAACUACUGUGCUGUGGCCAACUUCUCCUUCCCGACCUUCUCCAUUGCUGCUUCCCCCAAAUCUUCUCCACAGUGCGUUGAAACUGUUUCCAAAUCAGGAAAGCUGUCCAUGAGGUGUUUGGGAAUUGGUAUGACGUCUUUGUUCCUUUUACUCAUUCUCAUUGUUCUCUUACGAAAACUGAGAAAUGCACCACCGAAAACCUCUGACAACCAGGCCAGGACGCUGCCAACCGUCAGUGAUCGAGUCUCUCCGGUUCCUGUCGACCCAUGUGAUGUCCACCUGGAUUUUGGCAAUGAACAAGUCAUCAUCAACUCUUCAUCUAGUCUCCACUUUCCCCAGGACCAGACUUUGACCGAAGGAAACAUGAGCUCCAGCGACUCUGUCUAUUAUGACCUCGGUGCAGGUGUAGUGCACUGGGACACUGGGGGACUAAAUCCAAAAACACUGGACCAUGGCAUCAGCACCUCCAUCCCACUGCUCUGAACAGACGAGUCAAUGAACAAUAACAUACGGAGGUCCAUCUUGCUAUGAGGGUUGUGCAGCAGAAGGUUGCAAGGCUUGUGCUCCACGAGCCGUGAGGCAGGAGAAACAGCCUCUGUAAGUCCACUGUGCAUCUGUGGAAGAUGAUUCUCAUCUUGUAUAUCACAGAUGAGCCUUUUCUGUUAAGGAUUUGAGUCCUGAACCUGGAACUUUGGUGCAACCUGAUGAACCAGCUCACAUUUAUGAGUAAGAUAACUGUAAUCAAGGAGUGCC